CAGCGCACAACCGCGAGCUGCAGCUCUUCCUUUUGCAAGAUCGCGCCGUCGAAGAACAGCAUGAACUUUCUCUGCCUCCUCUUUUCAUUGAGCCUUUGGGGGGUCCGCGGCUUGGGAGACCCCGGCCCUUUAGAGGACGUCGUCAUUGACAGAUACUACAUCCCUAAAGUAUGCUUGCGAGAAGUACAGAUGGGCGACUUCGUCCGCUACCAUUACAAUGGAACCUUUCAAGACGGCACCAAAUUUGACUCCAGCUAUGACCGAGGGGCCACCGUGGCAGGCGUGGCCGGCGUGGGGAGGCUCAUCACCGGCAUGGACAGAGGCCUGCAAGGCAUGUGUGUGAAUGAGAGAAGGCAUCUCAUUGUGCCGCCUCAUCUAGGCUAUGGCAGCAUUGGUGUUGCUGGUCUGAUUCCUCCAGACACCACCCUCUAUUUUGACGUCAUUAUGCUCGAUAUUUGGAACAAGGAAGACAAGCUGCAGAUCAGCACCCUACACAAACCACAACACUGUAACCGCACAGUGGAAAACUCAGACUUUGUGCGUUACCACUAUAACGGUACGCUUCUGGAUGGUACCCCUUUUGACUCCAGCUAUGGAAAGGACAGCACAUAUGACACCUAUGUGGGCACAGGCUGGCUGAUCCAAGGUAUGGACCAGGGUCUACAAGGCAUGUGUGCUGGAGAGAAGCGGCGAAUAGUCAUCCCACCAUUCCUGGCCUAUGGUGAAAAAGGCUAUGGCACUGUCGUCCCCCCUCAAGCCUCCCUGGUUUUUGAUGUUCUUCUGGUGGAUCUGCACAACCCCAAAGAUGGCAUCUUCCUGGAGCACCUGGAAGUGCCAGCAUCAUGCAAACGCAAGGCUGUGACUGGAGAUUUUGUGCGCUAUCAUUACAAUGGCACCUUAAUGGAUGGGACCCUUUUCGAUUCCAGUUACUCACGGAAUCACACUUAUGACACAUAUAUUGGAAAAGGCUACAUUAUCCCAGGAAUGGACCAAGGACUACAAGGGGUCUGCAUUGGUGAAAGGAGAAGAAUCAUCAUCCCUCCCCAUUUGGCUUAUGGGGAAAAUGGGGCAGGAAACAAAAUCCCUGGCUCAGCUGUUCUCAUCUUUGAUGUCCUUGUUAUCGAUUUCCACAAUCCCACAGACCUUGUGGAAGUAGAGACCAUCUUUCGGCCCGUGGACUGCAAUACCACUAGCCAACACAGAGAUUUUGUCCGCUACCAUUAUAACUGCUCUCUCUUAGAUGGCACCAGACUGUUCUCCUCCCAUGACUAUGACCAUCCCCAAGAAGCCACUCUGGGUUCCAACAAGAUCAUUGAUGGUCUCAACACUGGCCUGCUCAACAUGUGCGUGGGAGAGAAACGGACUGUCAUCGUUCCUCCACAUUUGGGGCAUGGUGAAAGUGGUGCCCGGGGUGUACCUGGCAGUGCUGUGCUCUUUUUUGAAGUGGAGCUUUUACACCUAGAGGCAGGUGUUCCAGAAGGGUACCUGUUCAUCUGGCACAACGAGCCACCAGAAAACUUGUUUGAAGCCAUGGAUCUCAACAAAGACAAUGAAGUACCACCUGAGGAGUUCUCAGCCUUCAUCCAAUCCCAGAUUGCAGAAGGCAAGGGUCAUCUGAUGCCAGGCUCUGAACCUGAAAAAGUAAUUGCCGACAUGUUCCAAAACCAGGACAGGAAUAAGGAUGGGAAGAUCACAGCAGAGGAACUGAAGCUAAAAUCAGAUGAAGAUCAAAUCAAACAUGAGGAACUUUAAAAGGGAGAGAAUACUAGGAUUGGGCUUAUUUUUGUUAAGCACUUUCAUUUGGAACCUCUUUCCUUACAUUUGAUGGCUGGUUGCUUCCCACCCCUUUCCUGAGUUAAAAAGACUGAACCUAGGGAAUCAAUAUGUUUCAUUCCCCAUUUGACAUCAUUUGUAUUUUAUGGGUUUGAGUUUUUUAAAAAAAAAACUAUUUAAUUGAGAUUGUGUUUGAACAAAUCAAAGUCAGGCUGUUAACACCAUGUAAUUUCCCAAAACACCGGCUGUGUCUUUCCAGAGACUAACUUCAUUCCACCCACUCUACCCCAGCUGAAUUACCAGUAUUUCCUUAAGUACUCCCAACUUUGGUCAAUUGGCCUAGACAAAUGCCAUAAAUUAACCCAUGUCUCUUGUUCCACCAGAUCUAGGUACUAUAUAAAUCUGUGUAUAAAUACUUUUGUCUAAAGCAAAGCUACAUUCUGCAGCAGGGAAACCCAAACUGGGUGAUAAGAGCCAAAUCAGAAAGCUUUGCAUCAGUAGUAAAAUCCUGUGUUUGCUAGACUGAGUCUAGAUGGGCAUAGGAGGGUUUGAAGGCCCAGCUAUAAAGUCAGAAAAGUGCUCCAAGUGUGCAGCUGAGUCUUUGAGCUUGGAUUUCCCCCUAGCCCAGCCCCCGAACCAUGCAGGCUGCUUCUCUGAAGCUGCGAGACAGAACUUGAAAAGGGGCUUGAGUGGGCAGUUGGGAGAAAGACAUGGCCACAACGCAAACAAGCUCAGCCAGCUUCCCUCAAGCUUUCAGGCAAGGCCAUCUAAGUGUUUUGCAGGGUGGGAGGAGCACAGAGGUGACUUUUGUGUCUGCUGCUUCUGCCCUGCAUAGGAACCCCAACAUCCUCCCAGGUUUGAAGGGUUAUGGUAAUCUGUCUUGUAUUGUGCCUUUCACCUACGUCCAGGGUUUAAAAUAUAUAUUUUGAUUAGUCUGUUUUCAGGAUUUCAAAGAACAAGGAAUUUUAAUUUUUUCUAUGAAUGGAAAUGAGCAGAAAUGUAGAGGCAGACUUAGGACUGUUUUACCAUUAUUUGCUUGGAAGGGUUCCCAAACCUGAGACCUCUGUGGCCAAGGGGAGUCAGUGUGGUAUGGUGGUGAGAGUGUUGAAAUGGGGGACCUGAGCCUCCACUCAGCUGCAGAGCUCAAUGGGUGACUUUGGGCCUUUCAUGGACUCUCAGCCAUGGACUCACAGGGCUAUUUUUGUGGGAAUAAAAUGCAGCUAUGUGAGCAGGCUUGGGUUACUCCCAAGAGGAACAAAGGCAGGAUAUCAAUGCAACAUAAUUCAACAGAGGAGCUGGUUUUCCUCCUGCUGCAUCUCCACACCAGGAAAGUCUGCGCCUGUUCAGUUUCUUCAGCAACUGUUAAGGGCACAAGCCAGUCUUUUAAAGAAUUUAAAAGUUGUAGUCAACAUUUUUUCUAGCAGGUUGUGAAUGUAGAAUUUACAAUUGAACCCUCACUUGAAUGUAGCACCCUCACAAGUCUACAGUACUCAAAAUUCUUGAAAUCUGUCAUUUGAUUUCUGAAAAGUAUGAUCCUAUGUCCCCUGUCCUUGCUGCAUUUAAGCCUCUGAAUUCAGAGAAUAAUGCAGCUGCUUUGCAUGGAAUGAGGUGUAGCAGCAACUAUUUUUGGCUGCCUAGAUAAAAGCAAUAGGGUGGGGGAAGGAGAAGGCCCCGACUUCUUCCUGCCUGCCCGCCCACCCCCCAGCAUACAUCUUUUUCUCCUCUCCAGGCAACAUUUCCACUCUUGGAUAGGCAGCUGGUACAGUUCCUUCUGCACUGAGUGUGGGGUAGGGAUUCUGCCAUCAGAGCUGAAGCACAAAGGUGCUGGGACUCUGAAACUCCUAUGUGUAUUGCUUCUGUAGAGCCUGAUGUGCCUGAUCCUGCCUAAUUUUGGAAGGGUCAGGCCUGGUUGGAAUCUGGAUAGAGACUUGAGUCCUGCAGUAAGCAGGCAGUUGGACUUGAUGGUCAGAUGGCCCCUUCCAACUGUAUGAUUUUAUUAUUCUGUGCCCUUCCCCUAAUGAUGUUGAGAGGCCAAAAGAUUGCACUUUUGGACAGUUCUUUUAAUUCAGUAUUCAGUUGUCCUUUUUGAGAUAUCCUAAGCUUACCAAAGGAUCUUGAGUGGUUCAAACAUACUUUUCCUCUAUUGUGGCAAUGUUUCUUUUAAAAUGAAAAGGUUAGAUUAAAGUAGACAAUCAAGCAAAUUAUGCAUACCACAUUUUUCAAAAUAAGAUUUUUAAUUAUCCUUACACAUACCUUUUGAGUUUUAAAAAAAGUUUUAACUUUGUUGGAUUUUAUGGAGAAAACUCUGUGUGUGGGUGGGAGGGAACCAUUUAUAGUUCAAACAAUGUUUUUGAAAAAAACAGUAUACAUUCUAUGAAACCAAAAUAUAAUGCAGAAGAAAUCCAAUAAAAGUUAAAAGUUAAAAAAAGACA